AGAGAGAGAGAGAGAAGUUGCAGUCCAGUCCACAAUGUUUUUGACUCGGUGUCAAGUCCGUUGCUGUGAGGAGUGAGGCAGACAGUCUGUAACCCAGUGAGAGAGAGACACUAGAGGAGGCUAUGCUGCGUGAAUGGUUUGUUUUUCCUGGCUGAAGUUGUUUUUUUUUCCUCCGAGCGUCUGAAAGGUUAUCCCGGUGAAACAAGACGGCCACUGUUGUGCGGGAUUUUUUUUUUUUACCACAACAAACCAUUUCCAUCCCGAUGCCGGAUUGCGGCGUGCCGUCAGUCGAGACGCGUUGAGGAUCCGUCCCAGGCAUUGCACCUCCCCGGUGAUGACAUCACUGUUGUACCCUGGCCCCGCCCACGUCAUGAAGGACAUCUCCUCCUCCUCCUCAUCCUCGCCGAUCACCUCCUUACUCCACUACCCCUCCUCCAAGACCGCUGCCGUGCCCUUCUCCCCAUCCCUCUCCUCCUCCUCCUCCACCUCCACGUCCCCAAUGCCGAUGCUCUCCUCCUCCACGACUCCCCUCUCCAAGCCCCACUCCUUCAGCCUGCAGACGGGACCCCACCUCAUCGCCAGCAUGCAGCUCCAGAAGCUCAACUCCCACUACCAGAACCUGGUGGGCUCCGUGGGAGGGGUCGGAGGAGGAGUGGGACCCGUUGCUCAGAGGGGGUUCCCCCCUGGCGCCGGGACCUCACUCCUUAAUUCCUCCGCCUCCUCUUCCUCCUCUGUGCUGGUCGGAGGCGGCGGCGGCACCGGGACGGCCGUUGGCUUCGGGCUUGGACCCCCGGGCUCGGGCUCGGCGGCCGGCGGUGGGGGGGGGAUCGACUUUGAGGCGGUAGACGAGGAGGUGCUGAUGUCGCUGGUGGUGGAGUUGGGUCUGGACCGGGCCAACGAGCUCCCCGAGCUGUGGCUGGGCCAGAACGAGUUCGACUUCAUGGCCGACGUGCCAGCCGGCUGCUGACCCAAAGAGAGAGAGAGAAUAGGAACACACUAACUGUCUCAAAAAAAGAAAAGUACAUUUUGCGUCGACAAAAGAAUGCGAAGACUGGCGUUCCCCUGCCUUCUAUUUAGUUUUUCUUUACGUUAUCGUUCCCGGCCCGUUGACUCACGCAGAGGAAGUGAGAGGGAACAAACUGUUGGGAGUUCAUUUGAGGACAUAUUUAGUUUUUGCGUCGACAGCGUCUGAGUUUAAACGGUAGCGACACAUCGCUCCUGAGAGGGAUGCUUCCCCGUCUACGCUUUUCUCGUCUUCUCCACCGUAACGAGGACGUAUACUUACCCUUUAAGGAAAUUUAGUUUUAGUCCGUCGGUUGGUUUCUAUUUUCGUUUUGCCCCGAUUAAGACGGGCGUCUGGGUUGCAGACGCUCAUUACGUACCUCGGAUUCUGCCGACGGCGACGGCUAGCGAACGAAAAACUAUUUGGAGUUUAACCGUGGAAGACCGCAGCGAUACGGGAACCCGAAGGAAAACCGUUCCCGGAACGGAGGACUGCUGCGUUUAGGAUCUCUCUGUCUCUCUCACCACUCCCUCACUCGCUCUUAAUGAAAAGAGAGUGAUGGACAGUAGAGGUGAGGUCCGCUCGGUGGAAUACAAAGAAGCACCUGUUGCACUUGUUUUUUUUCUUACACUCUUUGGUUUCCAACCCCUCCUAUUGGGGGUUUCAUUUUGGGAAGAAAACGACCAAAACAUAAAUGAUUUUCGACAGAUGAUAGAAAUGUACAACAGGAAACGCAGAAUGUGUGCGAUACCACGAGUCACGACAAACAUUACCAUUUCCUGUUUUUCUUUUAAAACGGACGGCGGUUGUCUUUGGGGCGUAGUCACGUCCACAAAGCCAGCGAUUGUCUAGGGAGCUGUUAUCUCCAAACCAACUGUAUCUAAUGUUCUCCUUUUCAUUUCCGUAUUUGUGUUUAAACCAAUCAGAUCCUCCCAGCAGGACAUAUUCUACCUUUCAGAGAGUAAUGAACGAAGAGGCGAGAACCACAGUCUAAUGCAUUUCAUUGUCAUUCUUAUCAAGGUCGAGGAGGGAAAACAUAUUUGGAUUGGCUUGCAUGAGGCAGAAGAGAGGGCUUUCAAAAAAAGGCUUGUUUUAUUAUGAGGGGGAUAACCUGACAAAACAGCCACAAUAUGUGGCUUUACUCCAACGUUCAAAUGUUCACCACCUUCAGAUUGUUGAUUUAGCUGUUGAUUUGUUUGUGACUGAAAUAACACAGUUCCCAUCGCAGUUUGGACUCAUUUGAUUUCACGGUUCCCUAUUCACAUGACAUAACUAGAUUGGAACUCAUCGCAACACUGCCUUGCUCAACGGCACUUGAGACGCUAUCUCUGCUAACAGUUUUUGCACUGCGGAUGUCUCAGCGGUCACCGUGGCAUCGCCGUGGCAACCAACCAGCGAUGCCACGGUUAGCCUCACCAAACAUCUGGAUUGGGAGUAAAAGUAGUGUGUGUGUGUGUGUGUGUGUGUGUGUGUGUGUGUGUGUGUGUGUGUGUGUGUGUGUGUGUGUGUGUGUGUGUGUGUGUGUGUGUGUGUGUGUGUGUGUGUGUGUGUGUGUGUGUGUGUGUGUGUGUGUGUGACUCAUCCAUUGAAAGAAAAAAAGCGCAUGCCAGUCCUCAUGCAUUUAUUUAGAGACAGACAUCACAGCUUACACACACACACACAGACGCACGCACACACAUACACACGCAACUCUAUCUUCUCCUUUUCUUAGCGUUCUUGUUUGUCUAUUUAAUGAAAGGUUUAAACGGCCAUGACACUCGAGGAAAGCUUGACGGAGGACAGGGUUGAUUUAGUCAGGGUUUCUUAAGCUGACCUCACCUUGUUCCAAAGAUAAACAGACAAUCUACUGUUGAGGUCGCUCUGAGAAAGACAUUUUUAUUUUCCACUAAUCAUUUUCUUUCUUUAACUAAUGUUAUUUAAGCAUUAGGCCUACUAAACGGAGGCUUUGUUAGUUUGUCAUGAGGGGGUGGCAUUUUGUUGCCACUCAAUUUCUUCACGCGUCCAUCCAAUAGUUUGAAUCCUCCCACGACUUUUAAUUUCCUCUCUCCACUGACCCUCAUGAGUUGGUUAAUCCGUUCUGGGACCCCUUGCCAGAUCUUUAAAAAAUUCAAGGUAACCCCCCCCCCCCCUCCUCAAAAUCCUGCUUCAAUUAACUUGACCUUCUUUCAUAGCUCUAGUCGCGCCAGGUGGGCGGGGUCAAACAAUGACUGGCAACCAUACAACGCCCACUGGGGCUUAAGGCCCCGAUAUGAAGGCUAUAUAAAGGCUUCUGUGUACAUUGCUUUGAUUUAGAUUAUAUACCCUGGCAUGACCUCUACCCUCUUAACCUGCCUCCCCCCCAGCCUCUAAAACCUGUUGGCAGGCGGGGAGACGAUGAACACGUAAAUGAGCGCAGUGAGGCUCUUUGUGUACUAAUUGGAUUUCCUUUUGGUUCAGCGUGUUCUUUCACAUGAGCAAAAAGAUUAAUUGGAGGCAACAAAACGAUAUUGGAACUAUUCUUGUUAUGCACCAUCAAAUAUAACAAAACAUAGGUUAGGGGCUCCCAGUCAUGUCUGCACAGUGAUUGUGUGCGUGCGUGUGAGAUUACGUUAAUUCUGGAAAUAUUAGUUUUAUUUAUUAGGUUUACCUAAUAGUUCUCCCCUCGUGAAAUUGUGUUUAAUAUGAGUCGGAGGGGGGUUUCAUCUUGUCCAACGUGGAUAAACGGCGACCUCAUCUAGUGUUGUACUGGCCCAGACUUCGCCCUACAAGGAAAUGUUUCAGCAGAGGAUGGCUCUCGUGCCAUACAAAGCAUUGUGCAAAAUGUAAUGGAUUUAAGACCUGUUUUGACUUAUUGACUGUCUGAGGUAUUCAGCUCGCCAUCUGGGGAUCACAAAAACACAGCAGUUGAUGAUUAUUUUUAACACAAAUUUGUUUUACGAUCCACUAACGGAAAUGUGUUUGAUUCCUCUCGUCUGAGACUCAACUUUUUUAUCUGGACGGAUUGUUUUCCAUUCAGAUGAACCUUUUUUCUUUUUAGUUGGUUUACCAAUGAUGACGUGAUUAUUCAAAGAUGAUUCCUUGUUUAAAAAAAAAGAAGCACUUUUUGUUCGACUGCUCUCACUUGUACAUGCUCAUGAAUAUGUAAAUGAACAUUAUUGAACAACUGUAUUUUUGUUACUCAUCUCCGAGAUUGGGGAAACAUAAAAAUGUUUAUGACAAAGUUAA